AUGGAACUACUUACUCACGUGGACGCCCGAUGGCACGCGUACAAGCUGAAUUUGCCUGGUGGCAUCAUAAAGUCGCGAAGGUUCUGCGAAAUCGUUCGUAAUGCAGGUUACCGCUGGGCAUGGAGCGAUACAUGCUGCAUCGAUAAGGGCAGUAACGUCGAGCUGCAACAAUCGCUCAACUCUAUGUUCGUCUGGUAUCAACACUCAGCGCUUACGAUUGUCUAUCUUUCGGAUGUUCUGCCUUCAUCCAAGCCUGGCGCUCUAGGUAUGAGCGAGUGGAACAGACGAGGAUGGACCUUUCAAGAAUUCCUUGCUUCCAAAGUCGUUAUCUUCUAUCAGAAGGAUUGGACCCCAUAUCUCAAUGAUCGCUCUCCAAACCAUAAAAAGUCGACUGCGAUAAUGAAGGAGUUGGAGGUCGCGACUGGCAUUGAUCGACAGGCCCUCAUCGACUUCUCCCCAGGGAUGAGCGGUGCACGAGAGAGACUUCAAUGGGCUUCAAACCGUGUUACAACGGUUCAGGAAGACAUCGCAUACUCGUUGUUUGGCGUCUUCGACGUCCGUUUGCCUGUGGAUUAUGGCGAGAAGAAGGCAAACGCGCUCGGGCGUCUCCUGCAGGAGAUUGUUGCUCGAUCGGGCGACAUCACUGCCCUCUAUUGGGUGGGACAAUCAUCC